CCGCCUCCGCGCAAAAUGGCGGCCGGAGCCGGGCCCGUCGGAAGCGGCGGGGGCUGCGGCAGCCUCUCCUCCAACGCAUCGGCGCCGUCGCCCCCUCAGGCCGGCAACGGGCCGCCCCCGCCGCUCCCCGCUUCGCCUGCGGCCGCGCCGCCACCUCCUCCACCACCACCGCCACCCUCGUCCUGCUCCAACAGCGGCGACGGGCCUCUGCUGCUGCUCUCGCCGCCUCAGGCAGCGCUGCCGUCCCCGCCUCUCGCCGUUGCUUCGCCUCAGGCCUCCUCCUCCUCUUCCUCCUCCUCCGGGCCUACGCAUAACCACGGAGCGGGAGGAAGGGGCAACAACCCGCUGCCGGUGGCGGCCAGCGGGGCUGCGGCGGCGGCAGCGGCCGCUGCUUCGCCUUCGGGCCCGGCCUCCUCUUCGCCUUCGCCGCCGCCGCUCGGGCCUCGGGAGACGGCCUACAACUGGCAGGCGACGAAGCCGACGGUGCAGGAGCGCUUCGCCUUCCUCUUCAACAACGAGGUGCUCAGCGACGUCCACUUCUUGGUGGGCAAAGGCCGCGCCGGCGCCCAGCGCAUCCCGGCCCACAGGUUUGUGCUGGCUGUGGGCAGCGCGGUCUUUGAUGCAAUGUUCAAUGGCGGGAUGGCUACAACCUCCACGGAGAUAGAAUUACCUGACGUAGAGCCUGCUGCUUUCUUAGCUUUGCUGAAAUUUCUUUAUUCAGAUGAAGUUCAGAUUGGGCCAGAGACUGUGAUGACGACUCUUUACACUGCAAAAAAAUACGCAGUCCCUGCCCUUGAGGCUCACUGUGUGGAGUUUCUGAAGAAAAAUCUCAGAGCAGAUAAUGCAUUCAUGCUUUUAACCCAGGCAAGACUCUUCGAUGAGCCGCAGUUGGCCAGCCUUUGCCUGGAAAACAUAGAUAAAAACACCUCGGAUGCCAUCAAUGCCGAAGGCUUCACUGAUAUUGACCUGGAUACCUUGGUGGCAGUUUUGGAGCGAGACAGCCUUGGCAUCCGGGAGGUGCGCCUCUUCAACGCAGUGGUCAGGUGGUCAGAGGCUGAGUGUCAGCGGCAACAAUUGCAGCUGAUACCAGAAAACAAGCGGAAAGCUUUGGGCAAAGCUCUUUCCCUCAUUCGCUUCCCCUUGAUGACAAUCGAGGAAUUUGCUGCAGGACCAGCUCAGUCGGGGAUCCUCACUGACCGUGAAGUGGUUAGCCUGUUCCUUCAUUUCACGGUCAACCCCAAGCCACGGGUAGAGUUCAUCGACCGCCCUCGUUGCUGCCUGAGAGGGAAAGAGUGCAGCAUCAACCGUUUUCAGCAGGUGGAAAGCCGCUGGGGUUACAGUGGGACCAGUGACCGGAUCAGGUUCUCUGUCAACAAGCGGAUAUUUAUAGUUGGAUUUGGGUUGUAUGGCUCGAUCCAUGGCCCCACAGAUUACCAAGUAAAUAUACAGAUAAUUCACACAGACAGCAACACCGUCCUGGGCCAAAACGACACUGGAUUUAGCUGCGACGGAUCCUCCAAUACUUUCCGGGUGAUGUUUAAGGAGCCUGUGGAGAUCCUGCCCACUGUCAGCUACACAGCCUGUGCAACGCUGAAGGGACCCGACUCUCACUAUGGAACCAAAGGAUUGCGGAAGGUGGUCCACGAGUCACCAACCACGGGAACAAAGACCUGUUUUACUUUCUGCUAUGCUGCCGGCAACAACAACGGCACCUCAGUGGAAGAUGGACAGAUCCCAGAGAUCAUCUUCUACACAUAGCAGGUGCUGCUGGAAAUUCGCCAUCGGACAGGCUCGGCGCUCCCUUCCCGCCCCCUCCAUCUGAGACCGCCAGCUUGUUCUGCUACAGUGAUAGGAUGGGCUCCCGUUGGCAGACUCGGAUUGGGCAAGCACUCCCAGAUUGCACGUUCUCUACAUCCAGAUGCAUGUCGGCCUUGCUGGACUGAGGCUGGCAAUCUCUCCUGUUUGUGUUGGCAAUCUGGCUGGGUGAUUUCCUUGCACUGAAUGUAGCUGCUUUUACAUCUAGUCAUCCUCGUGGAGGAAACUUAACUCUCAUGAGAAGUGACUCCCCCACCCCCCCACCAGAGAUUUCCCCUCCCCACAUUUCUGGCAGGCAGGAGGCUAGCAUGGGGUUGGUGGCGAAGGCGUCUUAGAUGGUUGGUAUAUCAGCAGAGUGGUAGGGCUUUGUUCCCAUUGCCCUUGUCCCCUCCCAGUUGUCUAGCAGGACAAAUGACUUGUUCUCUUUGGGGUAAUUGUGUACACAGCCUGAUGGUGGGGUGUGUGUGUGAACCUUUUGCAUGACAAGCAGCAUUUCAAGACAAUCCUUGACCCUGAGAAAAUAGCAGAGCUAAAACAGGCCAAUCAACUGACUUUCCAGUUCAGUGUUUCUCAAACAUGGCCCUUUUAAGAGGUUUGGAUUUCAAUUCUGGGAGUUGAAGCCCAAACCUCUUAAAAGGGCCAUGUUUGAGAAACACUGUUCCAAUGUGUGUUUGCUGGCUUUCAAGGGAAAGUAAAGUGUGAAUUUACUUUACUGACCUGAUCUGACCCGAUAUGUCAGAUUGGGACCCUGAUCCAGACAAAGGCAGCCCUGCUUGGCGUGGAUAAUGCAGAUUUAUUAGGAGGCUAAUAACAUUUGGAGGAUGACAUCAGGAAAGGCUGCCUUAAGAUCUACUUUACACGACUUUUGCUCCUUGUGUGCGAGGUUGCUGAAGAGUCAGCAGCAGAUUGUGGGUCUCCCUGCUCGUGGCCUUGGCGAGCAGCUUGCAACCACGUGUACUUGAUCAUUGUAAUUAAGAGAACCAUCUAAAUUUCUGGCCUUUUGUCCUCAGAAAGUUUCUUCUGCUGCUAAUAUAGUGCAACUUAACAAUGCAUUUUUGAUUCUUGUUACCCUAGUGACAGGCUGGUGCUGUGGUUAGUUUGUGUUUGUAUGCGUGUGUGUAUUUCCCCUUAAACAGGGAGAGAACCCCCCCUGUCUCUUAAGCCAUUUUUUGCAGAAAUUUAAUUCAGAGAGAGAGAUUUCAGGAAUUUUUUCAGGAGGAAAAAUGCCUUUUUACGUUCACGAAUUCUUAAGCUAGAAUACGGUUCUUAUGGGGUGGGCAGAAAAAGCAUGUGGUUUUGUUUUUUUUCCAUUGUUCAGAUGCAUUCAGGGUGGCUCUAGGCAACCCCAGCUGUAUGGCAGAACAGCUUCCCCAGCUGUGCUUCCACUUGAGCAUAACUUGGACUAACGGUAUGUGGCAGUCCCUGACUAAAAGGACUUUUAUGACUCUUGGCCAGGUGUUGCUUUAUUCCCUCGUGCUUGGUUCCUCUUCCUAUUAGUAAGUCACAGCUGUCAGUGUGCUAUGGAUGCUACUUUCCUACAUUUGUUACUUUGGGAAAAUUGCAAUAUGAAGCAAGCAAUCCUAGAAAGUAUUUGCAGGUGCUAUUCAGAUAAGCGCCCCAAAAUAUGAUGGUGUGGGGUAGUGGGUCAGCUUUUUACUCUGGUGGGAGGGUAAAACUAAAUCCCACUGUGAUGAUCUACAAAUUCAUUUAUCCAUUGUUACUGCAAAAUCGUCCACAUCCAUGACUGUUUUGGUCAAGGAUUUGGUGUGAUUCACCCAAACUGUAUACAUGCCCUUCUCCAGAGCAAGUAAUAAAUCAGCAAGAAAGCAAUUCAAUUCUCUGAGAAAUAGUUCCUCAUACUAAAUAUCUGCGCAGUUCCUCUACGAUAGUCAGUUGUGUUGUACAUUUUGUUUCUCAAUGGAAAUUCACUGACUUGCUUUCUCCAACCUGGUGCCUUCUUGAGGUGCUGGACUGCAACUGCCAUCAUUCUCCAGCAACAAUUUGGGCAUUACUUUGGGAAACCUGCUUUUAAAUAUGACCCCUUCAAUUUAUCCUGAUGGCAUUAAGACCUUGUUUGGUUCACCAAAGUUGAGUCCAUCUUCCUUUGAUUCUAACAAGAUAUUUGACCACAAAAAGUCUUCAACUGGGACAGAAUCUUUAAUCAGGAAAAAAGGGUUGCCCUGGAUAUUUUUUUUUUUUUUUGCCAUUCUCAGUAGGUGUUUCCCUUUGAAACUACUUGUCUGGAAAUACAGAUUACUCCACAGAAGUCCUUGAGCCUUAUGUCACGCAAGUCUGUUUUUGAAUCUCCCUUGUAUAGUUAACCACUGUAUAAUGUGUACGUUUCUAUUCCGGCCAGUAUGUAGAAUGGAACCAUUAUCCACUUACUAGCUCUCCAUCAGCAGACAGUAGAGAAAAUAUGCACAUUGGUGAUUUUUAUCAAGAGGCUUAUUCAAUAUGCACACAUUAGUUCAUAGGGCUCUAAAUUUUAUAGCUUGCUUUCCUGCGGGGAUUCUUAACAUCCUCUUACCUUCACCACCACCACUCUUCCAGAGAACUCUUUUCUCAGCAAUGUGCUAAUCUGUUUUUCUGUAGAUGAAAAAUAAUCAUUGAAAAGUUUCUAAAAAGGCCUACUUAAAAAUAGUUUAAAGGUAGUUUGUAACUCUGACUGCAGGCUACUUUAAAUUGGAUGGCUGAAAGCAUUUCAGUCAUCCUUUGAAAUCCCUUUGGGGGGGGGGUGUUGUAGGUCUCCGAUUGUUGUAUAAAAUCUGGUGUUUAUUAAAAUGUUACCAACUGAAAGGAAAGUUCAGUUGAAGUUCUUGGAGCCUGACACAAAUUCUAGCAUUUGCAAAUUAAUCUUGGUGAUGCCAAGAGCAAACUUUCAAUAGUGUCACCGACUGCUCAUGCGAUGCUAUACAAUAACUGUAUCAGAAACUGUAUUAUUCAGCGUUUCACCACCUCUCCUUCCUUUCUGUUUGUAAAUAGCAAGUGAAUAAAGGCAGCAAAGUUGUCUUUAA